CCGUACGGAUCACGUGAGCGGGGCUCCUCUGGUCACGUGGCGGGCGCGCAGGGCGGCUUUGUGGCCGCCAUGUUGUGCGGCCCCGGGCCGGGCCGGGCAUGGCGGCGGCCGGCAGCAACUGGCUCUCGGGCGUCAACGUGGUGCUGGUCAUGGCUUACGGCAGCCUGGUCUUUGUGCUGCUGUUCAUCUUCGUGAAACGCCAGAUCAUGCGCUUUGCCAUGAAGUCCCGCCGUGGCCCCCACGUGCCCGUGGGACAGCACGCACCCAAGGAUUUAAAGGAAGAGAUUGACAUUCGACUGUCCAGGGUGCAGGACAUCAAGUACGAGCCACGGCUGCUGGCAGAGGAUGACGGCCGGCUGCUGCAGCUGGAGACACCAGGGUUUGCAGAGAUCUCAGUUUGUGCUUUCCCUCUACCAGGCUGCUAUAACUACCUGUACAGGAUGAAAGCACUGGAUGCAAUCAGGACAUCAGAAAUCCCGUUCCAAGUAGAGGCUCGGUACCCAAAGUCUUUAAUAGGGAAGAACUUCUGUGCCUACUUGCUGGAGCUGCGGAAUUCCAGCACCUCCUUCAAAGGCAUCCGCAAAGCCUUGAUUGACACCUUGCUGGAUGGCUACGAGAGCGCCCGCUAUGGCACUGGGGUCUUUGGGAAAACGGAAUAUCUGAAGUAUGAGGAGGCUCUGAAUGAACUGGCAAACAUCACCAAGGCCCGGGGCGGCAGCAGCCAGCGGCAGCACCAGUCAGCAGUGAAAGACCUCACGCUGUCCCCUGAAGUCUCCAACCCCACCACCAUCCAGGUCACCUACCCCUUCCAGCCAGAAGAGCAAACGUGCCAAACACUUCCUGGAGCUGAAGAGUUUCAAGGACAACUACAACACACUGGAGAGCACCCUGUCCAGGCGAAUGGGAAUGCUUUAGCAGAGCUCCUGAGGAGUGGUGGGCAGGGGGCCAGGGAGCACCCAAAGUGCUGGGCAUCGUCCCUUGGGGUGCUGCAGUGGAUCAUGGAGUCGCGGCUGAAGAAGUGCGUGGAGUUGGAGCUGCACCUUGCAGGCAGGGAGCAGGCAGCGAUCCGCCGAGACGCCCUGUGCCAGCUCGUCCUGGAUGAGCACCUACAGCACCAGCAGGAGCUGCGCCAGCAGGAGAAAGCUUUCUAUGUGGAGCGGCUCUGAGUGCUCAGCCCAGUGCGUGGCACUGGCCUGGCAUCGCCCAGUUCUGACUGAGAAUAAAACAUGUUGAGCAAGA